CGAAUCUACUCGAAUACAAAAAAAAAAUCAUAUAGUAGAACUUCUUUAUUAUGAAAUUUUCACUAUGGGGUGUAGAAGUAUAACUCUCGGCUUCUCCUAUAUUAAACCUGUGUCUCGCCUCAUUAUCUCUACACUUCUCAGUUAGUACAAAAAAACCAAGUUCUAUUCUCUUGUUGUUUAUCAAUCAUGGGGAAGGUUUUUGAGAGGGAGGCGUUCGGGUUGGCCGCGAAAGACGAAUCCGGAGUUCUCUCGCCUUUCCGUUUCUCAAGAAGGGAGACGGGAGAGAAAGAUGUGAGGUUCAGAGUGUUGUUCUGUGGAAUUUGCCACACUGAUGUAUGUAUGGCCAAAAACGAGUGGGGAUUUACUACUUACCCUCUCGUCCCCGGGCAUGAGAUUGUUGGCGUGGUUAUUGAAGUCGGAGCCAAAGUGACUAAAUUCAAAGCCGGAGACAAAGUCGGAGUUGGUUAUAUGCUCAGCUCGUGCCGGUCAUGUGAUAUCUGCACCGAUGACCAAGAGAACUUCUGUCCAAAAAUGAUCAUAACGUCCGGAGGCAAGUACUACGAUGACACCAUGACCCAUGGUGGUUACUCUGACCACAUGGUUUGUGAAGAGGAUUACAUCAUCCGCAUUCCUGAAAAUCUCCCGUUAGACGCUGCCGCACCACUUCUCUGUGCUGGGGUCUCAGUUUAUUCACCGAUGAAGUAUCACAGACUAGACAAGCCAGGAAUCCACAUUGGUGUGGUGGGACUAGGCGGUUUAGGUCAUAUAGCAGUGAAAUUUGCCAAGGCUAUGGGUACUAAGGUUACCGUUAUUAGUACGUCAGAUAGUAAGAGAGACGAUGCGAUUAACCGGCUUGGUGCGGAUCUGUUCCUGGUGAGCCGUGACCCGGAACAGAUGAAGGAUUCAAUGGGGACUAUGGAUGGUAUUAUUGAUACCGUAUCUGCAACUCAUCCGAUUCUUCCGCUUCUUGGUUUGCUAAAAUAUAAGGGAAAACUUAUUAUGGUUGGUGCACCCGACAAACCACUUGAGCUUCCGGUUCUGCCUCUCAUCUUAGGGAAGAAGACGGUGGUGGGAAGUAUGACAGGAGGGAUAAAGGAAUCUCAAGAGAUGGUUGAUUUUGCCGGUAAACACAACAUAACGGCAGAUAUUGAGCUUAUCUCUGCGGAUUAUGUCAACACUGCCAUGGAACGCCUCGAGAAGGGGAACGUUAGAUACCGUUUUGUGAUUGAUGUUGCCAACACAUUGAGGCCUACUCCUUAAUUAAUUAUUUGUGAUUGAGGUUGCCAACACAUUGAAUCCUAUUCCUUAAUUAUAAAGCAUAAAAACUUAAUUAAUUCCCUGAAAACGUUUUUUUUUCCUUGUUUAGUUUGUCUAAUAAGUUCCGAGUUUGUUUGGUGAAGGCUUAGUCUGUAUCUACUACUGUGAU